CCUCUCAUCUAUCCUUGCUCAUCAUCAUCAUAUCUCAUAUCUUUAUCGCCUAUAUAUCUUAAAUGUUCUUAGCAUUAUCAUUGUUGAGCUUGAGCUUCUCCUUUACUCAGCUUCAAAAACUAGCUCAAUCUUAAUAAUGUACACCUACAAUAACAAUCUGAAUUUUUCCUCGACUCAACUCCAAAAAUUAGCUCGAACCCAACAUUAAUAUCUACAACAACAACUUGGUUUUUUCUCUUGAUUCAACUUCACAAACUAGCUCAAUCCGAACAUCAAUAUUUACAACUAUAUUUUUGGCUUUUUUUUUCUUGACUCAACUCCAAAAAUUGGCUAAAUCCGAACAUCUACACCAAAAAAAGUAACAUCAUCAUCAUCAACGACAAAAUUAGCAUCAUCAGUACCAGCACUAUCACCACCACCAUUUAAUUACACCUAGCUCCAAGAUCGGAUAUUGGAUGUGGAACCCUAAGGAUGACGAUGAUUCGUGGGAAGUUAGGGCUUUUGAGGAAGAUACUAGCAAUGCCAUGGGUGCAACUUGGCCACCAAGGUUCUAUACUUGCACCUUUUGUCGAAGAGAGUUCCGGUCCGCCCAAGCCUUAGGUGGCCACAUGAAUGUGCACCGUCGUGACCGUGUCAGGCUCAAUCAACCACCAUCAUUUGCUUCAAAUAGCUCCCUCACUUUCCCUAAUAAUGUCAAUUCUAACUUCCUAGUUCAAAAUCAAGAAUUCAUCCCAAAUGGUGGACUUUGCCUUGUUUACUCCAUGCCUAAUUAUAACCCUAAUGCCAUCUUCAACCCCACAACAAUUAAAUCUAGUGUAGAUCCCUCUAAUCUUCUCUCCAAUAUCUCACCUUUUUUGACAAAUAAUUUGAUGUCUCCUUGCAUUCCUCCAUCUUCAAAUUUCCAGCCUAACAACAUCAACUCAUCAUCAUUUAACACAAGUGAACCUUCGGCAUCUAAUAGUAAUAGUAAUGACAAUAAUCACGAUAAGAGGGAUUCGAUCAUUGGAGAUGACAUUGACCUUGAGCUCAGGCUAGGAUGGAGAUCAGCAACACCGCCAAGAUGACCGGCCAAGAAACUACAAGGUGUAACACAUUGUGGGGGUUGAUUUUUCCGAUGGUCACUCAACUGGCAGUUAUUAUCUCAUAAAGUCAUAGGAGUAUUUCUUUCUGAUUUUAAUGUGGCUUUAUGAGAUAAUAACUAUUAAUUGAGUAACUAUCUCUGAAAUCAACUCCACGUUAUGAUUAAUUAAUUUCCUAGACUUUCUGUGAGAAGUAGUUUUCAUUUAUCUUUCACGGAUUGAUUUAAUUAUUUGUUGGGCUGGUACACUGAAUAAUUAAUAGUAAUGAUGACGAUAGAAAGUUUUUAGGGUUGGAAUCCGAGCUAGACUAUUAAAAGAAGUUUGCAGUGCAGUGUCAUUUUCUACUUCCUGACCAUAUGUAUAUUUUUGGGAUUAUAUCAUAUGUUUGGACUCUAUCGGAAACAACCUCUUUACCUGAGGGAUGAGGUUUGCGUGCAAUAAUCUAUAUUUUCAAACUCUACUUUGUGGAAUUACAUUAGAUAUGUUGUUAUAUGCACUCUUAUAUAUGCAGUUAAUUCAUCUUCUCAUAUGAAGGAAUUUAUAUAUUUAUUUAUUUUUA